AUGUCGAUUGACAGUUUACUGUUCAACCUGGAUGUAGAGCUGGUUUUUAUAGCAGGUGUUCACAUCAUCAAUUUAAAAAAGACAUGGGAGAAACUGCUCCUUGCAGCUCGUAUCAUUGUUGGCAUUGAAAAUCCUUCUGAUGUUUGUGUGAUCUCAGCAAGGCCCUAUGGACAGCGUGCUAUAUUGAAAUUUGCAAACCACACUGGAACCACUGCUGUUGCUGGAUGCGUCACUCCUGGUACGUUUACCAGUCAGAUCCAAGCAGCCUUCAGGGAACCACGUCUGCUAGUUGUCUGUGACCCACGUACUGAUAACCAGCCUGUAACAGAAGCAUCCUAUGUGAAUAUUCCAGUUAUUGCAUUCUGCAACACCGACUCUCAACUGCACCAUGUGGAUGUAGCAAUCCCUUGCAAUAACAAAGGUGCACACUCUGUUGGUCUAAUGUGGUGGAUGCUGGCAAGGGAGGUGCUCCGCAUGCGUGGCAGCAUCAGCCGGCAGAUUCCAUGGGAAAUUAUGCCUGAUCUCUACUUCUAUAGGGAUCCAGAAGAGGUGACAAAAAAUUACUGUUUUUCCUUGACAAACACCCUUGAAUAA